UUUUUUCCCUGGGACAUUUCAUAUGUGUAAAUAUUAUCAAGUACCAGCCUGUCCCACAAACAAGGCUUUGUCUAUGAUAUGUGGGAGCCAGUCCCCUUAUAAUAAAAUGCCUCCUAUGACAUCACUAUUUCCCGUUUUCAAUUUUUUUCCACUAUACAUGUACAUGCUAAAAUUUUAUACGAAACCGUCUAUAGGAAACCGAACUGGAAACCGAAUGACCAAAUGUUUAAGAAACUAUAAAACUGGUCACCCUCAACUUUAAGAAAUUGCACAAAAAUCCUUCUUUUGAAGUGGAAAUGAUUAUUUUCAAUUAGAUGUCUAUUUUCUGUAUAAAAGACAUAGAUAAAUAGGAUGGGGAGCUUCUUGGCCUAGCUAAUUGGCCUUGUUAUUGUUUUGAAUAAUUUGUUUAUGCUGAAUGAAGAUAACAGCAACGAAGCAACUUACGGACAAAAACAGGUUACGGACAAGUAAAUUGCAUGGAAAGUUUUUUUCGAAUGUUUAAUGGUCCAAAUUUUCGAUUUAAAACUAAUUUCUUCGAAAAACUACAGAAGUUGAAGUUGCAAAAAUUUGAAUGUAAGAUAUAAUUCCUUUUUCUUGUAGCUACUCACUCAAGAAGCUACGUUGAAUGUUUGUUCAAAGCGACGAGCAAUUUUUCUUCCGGACACUAGUUGUCCUUUUAAUCUCCCUUCUCUAAGCUCUUUUAAUCUCCCCUCUAAAUUAAUGAACUUUGUGAAUAAAUAGCAGCCUUCUUCAAUUGGAAACACAAGGAAUAUAAGCAAGAAACUGGUUUCUUAAAUUAUAAAAAACGUAUUCAUAACAUAACAUAACCGUAUCAAAAAGUUCUUUACAAUGUUUUCACUUCCUUUUUCUCGAAGAAUUUCCUUAGGCUGCAACCAUUGGGCUAGUGGGGCUAAAUCUCUGGCUACAACGAGCUUGGUUGCAAAUAAACGAGAUUCAAAAACAAUUACGGGGAGGGGACUGGGUCUGGCACAUGGUAAUGGGUUGUUUUUUCUCGAGAAAUUGAUUAAUACAAGCAUAAAAAUACUGCUAUGGGUAGCGCGAUGCAAGGCGUAAUGUGAGUUUCUCAUUUAUGUUUUUAAAAGCUUGCAAAACCUGCUUAUUUGCAAUGCAGCCAUCUGUCCUCCACAUCUGAUGUUUUGAAUUUGACACGAAAGCUGUUAGGAAGAUUGUCGAGAAGAAACGAACAUAUUGCAAAAGAAGGUGCGAUUAAGCAAACAUUUGAGGAAUGCUAAUAUGAUUGCAACAAGAUUGUAAACUUUGGCGUAGAAUGUGAUUAUGACACGUUGCUUAGAAGGAAGAAGAACGUUUGAUCAAAGUUCUAUUGAAAGACUUUGGUUUGAUGUCGUGACGUGACAUGGUUUGUCGUUAUAGCAGAAGAGAUGAUCAACACCACACCAAAAACACAAACUGAUGAAUAGCGAGUAAAGCUGAUGUUAGUGGCCCACUUCCGUCUAUAAUUAACGGUAUGCCAAUAAUGGUGUGAAUAUGCUUUAAACUGGCAACCUGUCGGUUCUUGAUUAUUGUACCUGCGUAAUUGUUUGAGACCAUGUGUCCGGCCAGCGUUGGCUUUCCAUAAUAAAAGAAACAUGACUUCUUUUGUAUUUUGCGUUGCUUUGGAAACUGUUUUUUCAGGCAAAACCUCUCUACAAAGUAGCUAUUAGCUUGAAGUUUGCGAAAUUGAGAGACCUCCGACAACAUGGCUUUGACACUGAAAUAGGAGAUGUUUAUGGAAUCGUGAGCUAUAAAUCAUUGUUGCUGGCCAGUUGUUUUUUCUGAGAAAGCGACCUGUUAUUGGUGAAAUGCGCUUCCAUUUCAAGAGGAUAGUUUUGGUAUCUUUUAUUUUCUUCUUUCUUUACACUGUUGCUCUUUUACUACGUGUUUUGACCGACAUUUACCCGCCAGAUGGAAAUAAUAUUGCUCUGCAGAAGGGUGAUAAUGCUAGUCUUCGUAUCUCUCGUCAUGUCAUGCCAGUAAAGAAGCCCGCUUGUAAGAUACCACAGCUAGAUCCCUUCGAUGCUGAUGCUAUGAAGCAUAUCAAAGAUGUAGACAAGCUGGAAUGCCAAAAGAAAUACUUUUCUCGCCUAGAUGACCAGACACUUGUUGUACAAAUCGAUAAUGUCUUAGGCGUAUAUUAUGAAUAUAUAACAAGACCAGAAAAUGACGACGAUCAUGUAAAACACUCCGGCCGUGUCAUAUUAACGAAAGAAGAGAGAGUAAAGCCAUACAGAGGUGCAGUUGGAUGUCUUUUUGAUCACGAUCGCGGAUCCGUUUACGCAGAUACCAAGUCCAAAAAGAUCCUGUUCAAAAGUUCAAAAGAGUUCACAGCAUGUGAUCCAGAUAACUUUUGGUAUUUGAAUCCUCUUGGGGGUAUAGAAAACCUUUUGGAUAGGUACUGCCUGGUUGUUGAUAAUUUGUGUACAAGCGAGGCUGGUUGCGAUUUGAGCAUGUCCCCUUGCAAAGGGAAAGAAAAUCGGUUCGAGAUAAAGGAAGAUGGUUCGAUCAUGCAUUUGAAAACCAAGAAGUAUCUUGCUAUUAGAACUGAGGGGAAAUAUCAAGUAAAUUCUGGUUUGACCUUGGUUGAAAAAGAGGCGGCGGGUAAAUGGCUGAUGGUUGAGAGUAAACUACAGAGCAUUAAUGUGCGUCACAAGGUCACGGGUGAUUUUAUACGGGUAGCAAUAAUUAAGGACAGGAAAAUGUACGUGGAAUAUCAUGCUACGAUCAUAGAAAAGAAAAGUGUUAGGGAAAGGGCAAAAAAUGCGAAGUUGACCUCAAAUCUACCGUACAAUGUUGCUUUUUUAAUGGUGGACUCGCAAUCAGCGUCUAACGUAAAACGGAGGAUGCCCAAGUCCUACGCUUACCUUAAAGAGGAUAAAGAUACAUUCAUAUUUGAGGGUCACACCAUAGUCGGAGAUGGGACAACUGCCCAGUUAAGUGCUAUUUUCGCAGGAGGAUUCGAAUGGGAUUUUCCAGAAAGUCGCAGAGGAUUUACAAACGCAAAGCCCAUAGACAGUUGGCCGUUUUUAUUCGGUGAAUUUAUGAAACGGGGUUAUGUCACUUUAUAUGACGAGGAUGAGCCUGUUUAUGGAACUUUCAAUUACCGUUUACUUGGUUUUGAAAAACCACCGACAGAUCAUUACACAAGGCCAUUUUGGCUUGGCUCUGAAGGUGAAGGUUUCGCGUCUGGCAUAUGUCACGGGGACAAUCCAAUAUACAUUAGGGGUUUCGACUUCAUUAAGAAUUUGCACAACAGAUACAAGGGUACCCCAAAGCUCUCACUAACUGUUCUGUCCGCUAUGUUUCACGAUAACCUUAGCAAAGCGAAAAAUUUAGACGACGAUCUACUCACAUUUUUUAAAAGCUUGAAAGACAAAGGCACUCUAAAUGACACCAUAUUGGUCUUGUUUGGAGACCACGGGGCCCGAUUUGAAGGAUUUAGGGAAACAUUGACUGGGAAGUUGGAAGAGAGAUUGCCGUUCCUGUCUGUGUCAGUGCCACCAAAGCUAAUUAAAUGGGACCAAAACCUGAAGAAGGCAAUGCUGCAUAACACUAAAGUCCUAACGUCGCAUUUUGAUUUACAUGCCACAUUGAAACACAUGUUUACAUAUCCUGUUCAUCCAAAUGUAAGCGCUGGGCAAAGUCUAUUCAGUACGAUAGACCAAAGUACGCGUACUUGUGGAACAGCAGGCAUCAAAGACCAUUGGUGCCCAUGCCUGCAGUUUAGUGAACUCAAUACAACUAACAGUGAUGUCAUUAAAAUGGCUGAAGCAGUUGUUACGUAUAUCAAUGAGGAAAUAAUAGGUGGUGUGGAGAUGGCUGUGAAAAAAUGCGAGAUUUUGACAUUAAGAGAGGUAAAGCGCGCAGGGAGGAGGCUACCAAGUGACGUAAUACAACGAUUUAAACAGACUGGGCAAACCAUGAAAUGCAUUGAGUGUGACGUGUUUCUAGAAAGAGACCCCAACUCAAACCAAAACAUAAAAGAUUAUGAGCUUGUUAUUUCAGUAUCACCUAGUGACGCAACAUUUGAGGCGUCUGUUAAAGUCGCGAACGAUAAUAUCAAGGUGCAGCCAAGUAUAAGUCGUCUCAAUCGAUACGGAAACCAGCCAAAGUGCAUUCAAGAUAAAUACCCAUCGCUUAGAAAGUACUGUAAAUGUAAACCAACGCGGGUGCUAGACCAGGCUGUAUUUUAACGAAUUUAAUGAUAUUAAAUCAGGGCUGAUAAAAUGAACAAGAGUAGAAUUGGCUUAUAGGAUCACACAACUAUGCAAACUUAACACAUUUAUUGUGAGGUUGUCCAAGAAAACCAUCCCAUGAACAAAAUGUGGGCAAGAUUUCUACAGACUAGAAAUAUCAAUUAUCAUAAGCAUAAUUUGCUAUCAGAUAUCUAUAGAUCUGGGGCCAUGUACACUGUGAGUGUCCAAAUAGUCGUGCUGGUAGUUGGAUUUCAAUUAUUUAGAAAAAUGUUUCAAAAGUUAAGUCUUAUAGCCUGCAUAUGGGAAAGAAAUGCUUCUUUUGAAUCCCAUCAGUGUUUACUUUUGAAGACGAUCUACAAAUCAUAUUUAUUGCCUGGAAGAACAACCAACAUUGUAAUUUCACCUCGUUCCCACUGCCCGCGCUGCAAGUAAUGAAAAACGUCUUGACUGUGUUCCUUUCUGUAUUCUAGGACUGUUUACCUUCUUUCAAUACAUUAUUAUUUAAAGUUUAACUUGUACCUUUAAUCUGGGUAAAUCUCCCAGUCGAUGAUAACCUAUAUUGGAAAACUGAACAAUAAUGCUUAUCAGAGGCGGGUCCAGAGUGAGUUCCUUGGUGCACAGAACUCAAUCAGCUUUCCGACAUAUAGCUAAAAAUAGUGUUGCCCGAAACGAGUAAUAUCUAAACUAAAAAAGUGAAACCAAAAAAUUCUAAGUUUCAUCACAGUCUCUUCCAAAUCUUAAAAUUGCCAGUUUGAUGUGAUUCGUUCGCCCUUUUUGUUCACUGUCUUGAUUUUGAAACGAUUUUCCAGAUGCUAGGGAGGACAACAGCAGUCAAUCCUAGAACUCGGAAAUUAACGUUUUGUGCCUCGGAAGUGAAUGAAUUUUGUUUGAAACACGGAUGGAACUCAGUCAAAACAGCAUCUGGAACUCGGAAAUGAUACCAUAUUUCCAAGAGAGCUGUACAAUAGACAGUAGUUAAUUGGCUGCCUUUUGUUUCUGUUCUAUUGCCCCUAUUGUUAAAACAUUGAAUUCGAAAUGGCAACUGCAGAUGUGUUAUAGGCCCUUAUACUCACGACCCUAGCAGCAUUCUAGCAGAUUCUUAAGCGUUUGAGAUAAAACAAGGAAAUAUUGUUAAUUUUCAGGAGCAUUAACUACCUUGGUUUUAAAUUGCAGUCUUAAAUGGCACGGGAGACCUAUGCUCAGACGGAACACCAUAUUUUGAAGAAUAUGCUAGUGUCUACGGAGGCAAAACAACAAAUUGCGAUCAAAACAAAAGGAAACAACUUUUCUGUGGCAUCCAAGACAAACAAAUAGGUAUUGAGAAAAGGAGUGGGGUUGCAAAAAAAUUGACAGAGGCACUGUCUUCUGUCAGAAAGAAAUCUUGAAUCUAGAUUUAGUGAGUGGCGAGUACCUACCCCUCCCUCCCCCCCUUUAGAAUCUAGAUUUAAUGAGUGGUGUGUACCUACCCCUCCCUUCCCAACGUUACUACUCACAUUUAUGCAUUUUGGUACUAUAAGGGUAAGGUACCAAAAUGCAUAACUAUGAGUAGUAAUGUUGUUUUAGGCACAAUCAUCAAUGCAUUAUCCGAAAGACCUUAGCCUUGGCCUGGAACUCAGUCAGGUUUUUUGCUGGAUCCGCCCCUGCCUAUUUACGCAGAAUGCAUAUCUAAGCCUUGACACAUCCAAUACAUUUUGGUGUUGCUUAUCAUUUUCGUAUUUGAUACUUCUCUUCAAGGAUAAUCCACGUGGUCCUGUUUACCCCACAUAGAACGAUUAGGUGGUAUGGUUGUAGAAUAUGCUUCAAACAGACGUUAGUGUUUCAGCGCUUUUGGUAGAAAUUUUACUGUUCUGGGCAGUUGUUUUAGGGUCUACAAGCUAGUUUUCAGCGAUUUGAACCCCAGUCGUUUGGUUUUGUGACGCGUAAGACGUUGGUAUAUUAAUAUACUAUUAAUAUUAACUUAAUAUCCUUAUGCACUUAAUAAACAGUUUACGUAUCUUCAACAAACCCCCCUCCUUUUUCUUUGUUUUUUCUUUUCUUAAUAUUUUUAUGCAUAUAUGUACAUGUACAUAAAUUCUGUAUUUGCGUAUAUGUAUAUAUAUAUUCAUUUUUAUUAGCUCUUUCCAUAUAUUUCUUUUCCAUGCUCUUAUAUCCAUCUUCCUAUUCCAUUUGUCGAAUUCCAUAUUCCUUCAACGUUUUUUUAGUUCUAUCAUCGCAUUUCAAUUUUACUUGAUAACGGGCUAUGCUCGAAACGUCGUUAAUUAUUUUAGAAAAAAUUUUUCCUGGUACAAUUUAAUUACAUUGAUCGUUAUUAUAGAAGUCUACGUAGAUUACACAAAAUUGAUAUCAGUUAGACAUUAAGUAUUUUACAAUUGUGAAUAAAUAUUUCGAAAUUUUAGUCAUCAAAUUUAUAAACAAAGUAAUGAAGUUUUCAACUUGGACUGCAACAAUUGCUGUUAUCAACCAUUGACAUAGAUCAGUAAAAUAAAUGAAAUGUAAUGGAUUUAUCAAUAUUAGAUUUUGCUCUCAAAUAAUUCUAUUGAUACAUGCAAAUCAAACUCGUCUAGUUUCGAACUGAAUAAUUUUAUAAAGGGAAACCCUUUGGAGUUUAGGUUCACAUUUUUAGAAUUUGGGUUUUAAGACAGCCAUAAAUCGGCUAGGGAUGAUAAAUUGAUUCUUCAAAUAUUGAUAAGAAUUUUCGGCAAGCAAGGAAUGACCUUAGAUAAGAUGAGCUUGCAGUAACUAUGAUAUCCCAAAUGGGCGAUAUUUGAAACUCUGGGGGUAGUGACCAGGCAUGAGUCCAAAUUUUGUGACAGGCAUGAGUCGAGUGCCCUGAACACUCCUCGCUCAACAUCACUAUAAACAGAGGGUACGCGGGCUUGUGACGUGUAUUGAUUUUCAUAUACCUGGUUUUUAAUACGAAUACCAGCUAGGCUAUUUUAUGUGUAAAUUAAAAAAUAAACCCACGUAAAACUCCAGGAAAAUCUACACAGCGAACCCUCUCCGAAACCACAAUCCCCUAUUUCUAUACGAGGUUUGAGGCUGCAACCAGGCAACCACUCCUAUCUUCUUUUUUCCUUAUUUUGCCAUUUUGUAUUUUACGUUUUUUUCACACAUCGGUUUGUUAGCUUUCACCUUCUAUGCCUAUAAAAACAAUGUUCAAAAAACUUCUAAAUGCUGUUCAAGGUCCCUGUCAUGUGAAUGAGAACUUGAAGAGGUUCCUGUUUUCAUUUUUCAAUCAAAAUAUACAACUUUUGGUAAUGAAAUUGCACAUUGGCUUCUAAUGUCUACAUGCUUCUUUCUUAAUUCCAAGGAACUUAGAUCAGAACCGACAUUUCAUGUGAGGGAGUAUCAGAUCCAAUCGGGAUGAAUGUUAUGAAUCUUGAAAUGCUUAGUUACAACAACACUCAAACCAGUUAAGAAUUGGGUGGUAUUAGAGCCACAUAUUCAGCCCUGGAGGUUAAUUUGCUUCUUUUGGCGAGAUCUCCUGAGCUGAUGCAUGAAAGAUGAGAGUUGGAAACAAAAACAUGGAUUGUAUCUUCUUGGUUUGAAAUCAAUAUGACCUCUUUAUUUACAAUACAUACGUAAAAAAUAUUCCCUUACUUUUUCUGGCACCAUAAUCACCAGCAAAACAAUUUAUCAUAUUUCCUAACGAUUGUGUAUCAAAAUCUAUUUACAAUUUUGGUAUAAUACAAUAAAGACUAGGUCAUGUCAAAUACUAACUAAGAUCUCCAUAAACAGGUUUUCCCGAAAUGAAGAGUAUGAAAAAAUGACGUUCAUUGCCAAAAACGAUUUGGGUUUUGAGUUUUGUAUUGGCAAUGUAUUAAUGUAUUUUUGGUCUCCUUGCUUACUUUGUAGGUAGAAUAAACCUAUUUGGUACAUGUCACUACAUAUUUGGUAAGUAAAAUUAUUAUUUGGUAUGUAUCAAUACAUAUUUGGUAUGUAGAAAUACAUAUUUGGUAUGUAGAAAUACAUAUUUGGUAUGUAGAAAUACAUAUUUGGUAUGUAGAAAUACAUAUUUGGUAUGUAGAAAUACAUAUUUGGUAUGUAGAAAUACAUAUUUGGUAU